AUGUAUGCAUGUGCAGCUUUAGCGGCAUGUCACUACAACGUGAGGCUAGCGACCAAUCAAUACCAACGGGAGUUUUACAAAUUCAAGGGCAAAGCGAUGAAGCGACUUCAAGAGGAUCUAUAUUCCCAAGCUCGAGCUAUCCACCCGGGAACUCUCGCUACAAUACUGAUGCUCUGUCUUUGUGAUCUCUGCCAGGGCGGUGCUUCGGAUUUCGAGUCUCAUUUUCAAGGGGCUAAAAAAUUAAUGGAAUUACGUCAAGAACGCACCUUGGGAUGCUUUGUGGAACAGUACUUGAUAUGGCUGGAUGUGAUGGCAGCUGCCUCCCAUUCUAGAUCCACAGUUUUUGCUGCACAAGAUAUACAAGAAUUACUCUACGAAAGUGGAGACUUUUGGGGCUUUGACGCGAUUCCUUGUCCGUUGGAUCAAUUUAAGGUGAUUCAUGAGAUCGGUACUCUGCACAAGGAAUCGGCGAGUCCAGACACCACUUCAAUGGAAAGAAUGGAUCAGGUUCAUGAUAUCAAACAUAGACUGUUGCAAGGUCCAAUACAUUCGCAAAGAGGCCAGAAUUGGUUUCAUUUGACGGAGGCGUAUCGAUACGCCAUCAUUCUGUACCUGCUGCGACUUUUCUCCUGCGACGUGGAUGAGUACGAAUUAAACUGGCUUGUCAGCAGUGUGCUAUAUCAUGUGAAGUCUACUCCGCCCGCGUCUGGCUGGUCGGAUCAGCUGCUAUGGCCAUUGUUCCAUGCAGCGGUAGAGAUCAAGGAUACAAAACAACGAGAAUGGAUUCGCGAGCGGGCCCAGUGUAUGCAAUUCUCCGGGGGAUUUGGCAACGUACAAAGUGCACUCAAGAUUCUAGAAGGUGUGUGGAUGGGGAGUCGGCCUCCAGAAUAUUUGGACAUGAUGCUGGGAUGGGGAGAUGGAACAAUACUUCUUAUAUGA